AUGGAGAAAUUUUCACCAGUCUUUCCUCGGGCGUCAGGAACGCCUGACCAAAAGGAGACGUUUGAGAGCAUGAAGUCUGCGAAUGUUCCCCUAUCCUCGUGUGAAAAAGAAUUUCUCCUUCAAGGAGUAAGAUCAAGAAAGGUAAGAACAGAGAUUAUUACCUGACGUGCUUGAUUUAAUGAUGGUUUGGUUGUCUCAAAGAUUUAACGUCAUCAUUUUGUGCUUUGAAUAGCGUUUAGAUGGACGAGAAACAUAUGACUACAGGAAAAUCCGAAUUUCUUUUGGUGUGGACCGCGGGCACUGUGAGGUGCAACUGGGACGAACAAGGUACAAUACAAUCAAUUAAUGAAUCUAGUUCACGGAAAUUUAUAGGGUCUUGUUUUAUAAUAUGAGCUAGGUUUUCCUGCAGUUGGCGAAAAGCAUAACGUACACUGUAAUGUUGAUCAGAAGUUAAACAGAAACAAAAAUCUUACUAUUUUGAAAUGGCAGGGAGUCCAGUUCCAACCAAUUGGUCGUCAAUUGGAAGUCCCAGUGUGGAAAGAAGUCAGUCUGUUUCUUUAAUUAAAUAUUAUUUUGCAUUAUGUAGAGUCCUAGGACAAGUGUCAUGUGAGGUUACUCAGCCAAAGCCUAACAGACCCACUGAAGGACAGCUGUUUAUUAAUUUAGAACUCUCACCCAUGGCAUCACCAGCAUUUGAAGCAGGAAGGUUGGUUCUAAUUAAUGUAAUUACAAUAAGAUGCCAAUUAAAUUACUGAACUCUUAUCUGAGACAUUACUAGCAAUUUGAUUUUAACUUUCCCAAUCCAUCCAUCAUUAAACAGUUGAACUCCCUUUUGAUCUAGCUAUAAAUUGGUAAAUGGUGAAAUCACUAAAAAUUAUGACAUGUGAACUGCAGAGUUAACUUACCCUUACACCCAUAAAAAAGAAAUAAUUUUAUUGCGGAAAGACAGCCACUGCAUUAGCCUGCGAAAACAUCCGUUUCUCCUCGCUCUUUGCCACUGGCAACGUUUUGCAUGGAGGAACGUCUGCGACUCAGAGGCAGAAAUUCCAUACUGAUGACGCAAAUCAAUGUUUACAUAAUAAAUCCUGUAGUCAUGGGGUUUCAAAUAAAAAUUUGUCCAAUUUUAUGUGUCUUCUGGUCGAUUUUGGUAAAGUGUUGUGUUCAUCUGCCAAAGAGCUCCAACAAAACUCAAAUACUUCUUCUGGAGAAGACUAUAUUCUACAAAUAUUGACUGUUUUGUUAGAGAUUUUUCACAUCUACAUUUGACCUCUGUGGGCUUUUGUGUUUUGUCUGUCAAGACUGUCAUUUGUAAACAAUAGCUAAAACAAUGUAACUGCUCCGUCUACCAAUCAGCGCUUCUGACCGGAUUUCGGACAGAUUUUACGUCAUCAGUAUGGAAUUUCUGUCACUGAGUCGCAGACGUUCCUCCAUGCGAAACGUCCCCAGUGGCGAAGAGCGAGGAGAAACGGAUGUUUUCGCAGGCUACCACUGCAUGGCCACAUAGGUCAACAGCUCCAAUAAAUUUCAGGCAAGAUGACUAGUGGGCAACUUCAUUUGACAUUGAUAAAAUUUAUUAUUAAAAUGGCAAAUAGCUUAAUUAACAAAGAAUUAUUGUAUCAAAGAAUGCAGUGGCCCCAAAUGUACAUUAAAAUACAAUAAUGUUGAUAUUGCUGUAAUCAAUGAAGACAUGCAGUUGUACGUGUAAAUAAUCCUGUGUUCCUUUUAUCUUUCAGAACAACAGAAUUUAAUGUCGAACUGAACAGAUUUAUGGAGAGAUUUUAUGUUGAAUCACGAGCUGUAGAUGUAGAGUCUUUAUGUAUUGUUGCUGGUGAAAAGGUUUGUUAAAGACGUCAUUUAAUAUUGUGCUUUUUAACCCUUUAUUCAAAAAUUUUAUUCUUAAAAAUAUGUUGGUUUUUGCUGCCUUAGGUCUGGUCAGUAAAGGUUGAUUUACAUGUAUUGGACAAUGAUGGAAAUAUCACAGACUGUGCAAGUAUUGCUGCAAUCACAGCACUGGCUCACUUUAGGUUGGUUAAUAUUCUAAAUGUUUGCAAUUGUUUGCAUAAGGGGUAAAAUCAAGUGUGUACUGUAAUUACUCGAAUAAGCAGACUUGCCACAAGUCAACUGUGUGAUUGCAAGGGGGGUGCUUGCAAAGGAAGCAAAGCCGAGCAAUGAGGUCAUGAGACGAGUGAUGUAAGUUGCGAGUCAAUCUCUGAGAUAGAUGAGGAUGACCUGACCUCUAAGAAAACCUUUUCCCGGGUCAGUCUUUCUUUGUGUCAUGAUUUUUACUUAAAGAUGCCAUGGUUUGGUCUUGAUUUACAGAAAGAUGAAAAGUUUGGCAGAAAAUUUUUUCGAGCAAAAUUUUUUGUCACGCUUGUCACUCAAAGUUUACCGUAUUCUUUUUUCUCUGCCAUCCUUUUGCAUACAACAAAUUCACUAUCAUAUUAUCAUUUGGUAGACAUCAAUUUUAGUCACUAUAAUUUAACAACAAAACUUUGAAAAUGGAGCAGCUCUUUCUUCUUGGUCAAUCAAUAUAGAGUGUUUGCAACCAACUGUAUGCAAACAAACAGCAAGUGAUAUCAGGUUCCAAAUAAAUGCCAUGUCUGAAAUGGAGAUUUAUAAUUAAUGUGAUACACCUUGUGAGGAUGUGAGGCAUUAAUAUGCCCCUUAGAAAUUUAUUUUAAAAAAAGUGUUGAGAAUGAUUAUGCUCAAUGCUCAAGCUUGACUUUGCUUUUUUGAAGACGACCAGAUGUUUCUGUCAUUGGUGAAGAAGUGACCAUUGUAAGUGUUUAUUUAGAGAAGUAAAACCAAGCAAUUAAAAUAAUAUUAUAAAACUCAAAUUUAACUACAGUGUAAGAAAGAAACUGAUUUUCUGUCCACAAGGUAUGAAACUGGGUGAACAUAUUAAGUAGCUUGUCCAGCCCUGUGUCUUCAUAAGUUGUUUAUGUACAAAUUAGUACAAUACUCUUCUAUCAGUCAGAUUUUUUAAUCUUGAAAAAACUUAGCCUUCUUUUACAGGUAAGUUUACCCGUUGUGGUAAUAUUUGAGCUUUUGAGUCUUCAUAUCACGGUGUACAUGUAGCUAACCGCAGGGUUCUCAAUAGAUUUUUAAGUAGGAGGUGAUCACUGAUAAAGUAGGAGGCUCUUCAGCAAAGCCAGAGGUGUCAAAACAAAGCAAAGAAAAGCGACUUAAACACAAAGUAAGCGGCUAUAAAUCCCAAAGUAAGCGGCAAUCAAUCGCCGGGUGCCGCCUUCUAUUGAGAACCCUGUAACCGUGGUGACCAUGUACAUGUUGUGGUUUAAUUUUAUCCUUGGUUUAAAUUUUUAUUUUCUCUUGCUUCAAACCCAUUAUCAUGUCAUUAUCAUACAUUUUAUAUUACCAUACACAAAAACAAAAGGAAAUAAAAUUUAAACCAAGGAUGAAAUUUAACCACAACACAUGAAACAUCAUGGCUUAAUUCACCAAAUGCAAUCAGAUCAAUAUAAACCAGUGUUUUUAUACCAUCAACUGAGUUUGCCAAUGUAUUGCUCCCUUUGACAGUGAACUAAAGACGACUAUCGCACAGAUUGUCAAAGUAGCUGCAGUCACUGGCAAUGACAGUGACCUAUUUAGGACUACACUCACUCAGAAGAUCAUAUUCCUGCACCUAAUUCAUAACAUUGCCUUCUCAGCUGUUCCAUAAACCAUUUACUAUACAUCUAUUCUUCAUGGUAACUGGCUGCAAAAAAUUAGUAAUGACAACUCCAAUAAUAACUGUUUAAUACAGAGCUCCUUUCUCAAUUUUUAAUUUUUAUGAUAAUCAUGUCUUUUCCUUCAUUUUUAUUUUGAACAACAACAAGCAUUAAAUAUUUCUUUAUUCUGGUAUCACCAGCACUCACCAGAAGAUCGUGACCCAGUCCCAUUGAGUGUUCUUCACAUGCCUGUUUGUAUAUCCUUUGGCUUUUUUGAUGAAGGGUGAGGUCAAUAUUCCUUAUUUACUCACUACUGUUUACAUGCACUUCAAAUGAUAAUUUGUUUAAAAAAAUGUUUCCAAAGUUAAGUGAUGAUUUGGUAAUUUUGAGAAAAUCAGCUUUUUCUUCUUUGGUUCCUUUUAUCCUUUGUUUUCACCUGAAAAUUCAUAAGCUGGUUAAGAACUAAAGUAAAGCCUUCUUGCUUAGUUAAUAAGAAGGUUUUUCCAGUGAAAAAUCAAACACUUUAAGAAUAUUAAGGAAUGACUCACUUUGGGCAAAAUGUUGGCUUAGGGUGGAGUAGGUGGGCAGUUACCCAGAAACAUAUAAAUACAUGAUCCACUAACAAAACUACUGGCGUGGGAAGAAAAACACCCGUGCUAACGUGGUGUCACUUUAUUGCAAAAAAUAAUGAAUAGACUUUUUGAGCUUACCUAAUUCAAUCAUCAUUUGGAGGCAGUUUGAUUAACGUACAUUGAUUCAGGUCAUCACACAGCAAUAACCAAAAAAUAGUUAUUGCCAAUCUACAAUGCCACUCCAAUAUUAGAAAUGAAAGGGCAGGAGAAGUCUUAUUUUUCUUCUGAUCUGCUUAAAGUCUAAUGAAGAAAGGCUUAACAGAACUGGGAGGUGUUUGAGGAAGAAAUGAGUGUAAGCAUGCUCCACAGUGAGAAAUGGCAAUCAUAUCCGACUUGAAAAAUAAUUAACCAGACAACCAGCAACUCCUUUACUGGUUUAACCUAAAGCAUGUCAAGAAGUUGACUACAAAACAGCCCAUACUUUUGUUUCAGUUAAUUAUAAUAGCAUGGUCAAAGGAAAGGUCUCGAGUGAUGGUGAAAAUCUAUGGGUGUGUGAGAAUCUACACACUCAGAAUCUUUGCCCCUUGCAAAACUGAUUUUGGGGAAAAAACUGACUGUUUUGCAGUCUAGUCAAGAAGUCGUGACUCACCCACUGUCGGCUUAAAUUUAUUUUGCUUUUAAGAAAGUAAACUUGCAAUUGUGACUGAUCUAUUUGCAAUCCUGCCACAGUCUUAAUUCCAUUAUUGGUCUCAGUAAAAAAAAAAAAUGUCUAAAUCCCAGGAGUAUUUUCUUUUAUUUCCAAAAAAUUUAGCCAGCUGUUACUAGUAGAUCCAACAGAAAAAGAAGAAGCAGUCAUGAAUGGAAGGAUGAUUAUGGCAAUGAACAUCCAUCGUGAGAUCUGUGGUGCAGUGAUGGGUGGUGGAGUAUCAUUAGAGGCAGAUCAGGUGUAAAUAACGAGUGUUAUGAUUUGAUGAUCAAGGAUUAAAUAACAAUAUUUUAUGAUUAAUUAACUGAAAAUUUGUAAAACACGGUUUACACUUGCUGGGUUCCAAUCGCUGACAGUGAAGAAAAAUCUGCAAACUGGCAGUGAUUGAUUUUGUAUAUGUUAAUAGCACCAUUUUAGCAAAGUGGAUGGCAGAGGUCAUUUUAUCUAAGAUUAUUUUCAUUUUGAUGAUUUGAUUUGCCAGCUUUGAAGUUAAAGAUGCCUUGAAAGGAGUCAGCUUCUCUUACCUUUGCACUCUGCUCUAACAUUAAUUUUUCUUCCUUUGCACUCCUUUCAAUUCAUUAGUUUAGUUUUCCUGAACUAUUUCUUAAAAAUAAUUUACUUCAUCUGUUUUGCUACUGAAGUGAGUUUUUGGCAAGUUUCUUUUUGGAGAGUCCUAACAGACGAUAGCCUGAUGUAGCCAACUCACAUCACCCCCAUCACCCAAGAUGUUUCGUGAAUUAAAUGUCCCUAGCAAUAAGGAAUGGAAAGGUAGAGGUGGCUGUGUUUCAGGCCAAUAAUUAGACUGCUAUUCUGUGCAGAUCCUCAGAUGCUCCAAGAUUGCAUCUGUCAAGGUUGCUGAAAUUGUUGCUCUCAUACAAGAAGCAUUAGCUGAGGACUCCAGACAAAGGUACAAUUUAUAAUACAUGUUUUAAAAAGCCUUCUCUCAGGGAAACAGGACUGAUGUCACCAAUACUGAGGAGCCAUGUCACAAACUUUUACUGGAAAAUUCAGUAACCAAUGUUUUCAAAGUGCUUUGAUAAGGAGAUCUUGAACUGAACAAAGGCUUAUUGACCUUUACAAAAACGUCUUUUUUUAAAAAAAAAAUAGAGCUGCUGGCAAGACAGGACUAGUAGAAUCUGAUACAAGACCAUCAAUAAUCACUGUCACGUCAGCUGAUGAGUCAGAUGUCGACAUCACAGAGGCAGUAGAAAAAACAGCAGGUACUAAUGAUAAUGCUUAAGAAAAUUAAUUAUUUUUGUAUUAUAAAUACCAUUUUAAUUAGGGAUUGCUACUAUACUGACAUGCAAGUGUUUUAGUAUCCAAGUCCUCAGCAUUAAUAGAUAGGUCUUUAGUAGGUUCACAAUGUAAAGAGAAACUUACUGCAUGCCUCCAUGAAUCCCACUGAUGAGCAGUGGAUCAGGCACCUGUCUCUGAAUCUCAGUAGCUGGAAAAGUCACCCAUCAUUUUGCAACACCACUGCUCAUUUCUUCACAAAGUGUCAUCUGAGCAAUGAGCACAGAAAUUUCAUACUGAUGUCUUGUCACAGCCCAGAACUGGGUAGUGCUUCUGACUUGUUCAAGCAAACUUUUAAUCAGUAGCACAUCUCUGAAGUAUCCAAUAUGUCAUUUCGCUGUGAAACUGUACGUCCCUAGCAGCAUCUCUGAAGUGGAGGUAACUGCUGGUUUCGGUCUGAUAGGGGAUGCAAUCCUUUCUAAGCAUUUAAUCCAGCAGUUACAUUCACAUUUUUAUUUGACUGAUAGAAGAACCUCACUGUGGAGAUACACUGUACAUGUUUCCUAGCUGUAUUAAGUAGCAUACCAUGGUGAAUCUUGGAGAGGGGCCCUUGUUGGGGACUGUGACCCCACACCCAAUCUUUUAUUUUGAACUUCAAUACUUUGUUUCCAUCAGGGAAGAGUUUACCCUCUAACCUCUAGGUCUUGAUCCACCAUUGGCAUAUUAGCCAGUUCUUUUUUUUAACAAAAGAGCCACUAAUUACAACGGUCACCAUCAUGAAAGUAACCUCUCCCUUGGAAUCAUUUUUGACUUGCUCCAACUCUCUGUCAGUUGGUCAAUUGAUGAAUGUCCAAAUCCUUCACACUGCAAACUACGCCUGCUUCUUUGUAACUUUUAUAAAAUAAGUUCAUUUUCUAAGCCCAUGAACAGCCACGGUCCCUUCCCUCAACAAAACUGGGGAGAGGUUUUGUUGGUGGGGAGGGGGCACCUGUACACAGGCUAAACUUGCUUUGGUAUGACACAUUUAAUACUUAGUGCAAUAACUCUUUAUGGCAGACUUUCCAAAUGACCCAUCAUCUUUGACAGCUGAAGAAAUGUAUCCUUUGUGUCUUCUUUUAGUUCAAUAUCAUGGUUCAGAUUCGAAUUUCCCUUGUAAGUAUUCAUGUAUACUGAAAUUAGCCGUUCACAUCCUUAACAAAAUGCUUCUCUUAGCCCUUGGAAUGCAGAGCUUAAGGUAUGUGAAGAUCAUUUGUGGCACUUACGCAAAUCACUCCACUGCGUGUGUAAUUUUGCAGGAGGUUGGGGGUGGGAGGAAGGUUCCUACCCACAAAAAAAGUUUCCCACCGUUGACAUUAUUAUGUUGAUUGUGCAACAGAAGAUAAAGUACAUUGUAGAAUUGGCCUGUAUGAAAGGUGUUUUUAGCGAAAGGUAAAGAGGAAUUAUGCACCCUGUGCCUACAUUUCCACUUCUCCUCAGAUACGUGCUAUUCAGUCUAAUGUAGAGUACCAGCCUAUAUCAGAGCAAUAAAUCGUACUAAAGUGUAUUUUCACUGGCAUUUCGACUUCAAAUGUGCUCAUGCACAAACAAAUGCUAAAUGUUGUAUUUACUCAACGGCGGCUGCCAAAAAUUAAUUUCCAUUGCCACACACCAUAACAAGAUAUAAAGCCCCUCAUCAUAAAUGACCACUAACUAUUGCUGCUUUUUAGGGACCUGGGACAGCACAGAUUGGAGAGGGAGGGGAUAAUUCUUGGAUCGUUAUCGAUGACGAUGAUGAUGAUGACAGCAUGGAAGAAAAUGAUGACAUUGAAAUAACAGAAGUACAGAACAGCAAUAAUAAAGCUGUUAUUGAAAGUUCGAAACAGACAAAUGGAAGCAAAGGUAAGCAGAUAUUCACAUGGAAGUUUAUUAUCUUUUUAUGACUUCUUCACGAUGGCUUGCUGUUAUGAGACUAUAGUUGAGAUACAACCUAGCUUCGGAAGGCUUUGUAAAUCUUGGCUCCGCUAAAAGAUGCACCACAGGUGAGACUGGAGUGGACGAUUCUUCAUAAAGCACCCCUAGGGAUAUCCUCUUUUAUUAAAAACUGAAUCAUUGGAUAAUACAAUUCUAGAGCUCUGAUUAGCUUAGCCAUCAUAGUAUAUGAGCCGUUAUUAUACAAGGUUCUCCAAAUAUGGUAACUGUACGCGUCUGCUCAAACUUAAAAACAAGCUGAAAAUCGGUUGUUUUUACAAAUAAAGUUGGGACGAAUUCCCGAGAUUUUGCGGGCAUUUUAAAUGAAACAAUUAAUCCACUCGUGCUUGUUGAAUAUGAGAUGAUUAAAGCCAACUCGACGCUACGCACGUCGUUGCCUCUUUACCACCUCAUAUCUAACGCGCACUCGUGGAAUAACUGUUAUAUAUAAUAUCAAACACGUGGAUCUGUUCUGUUGCAAAGAGCUGUUGAACUGAAGGUCUGGAUCGAGGGUGAAUACGGAUUCUGAGUGAGACUGGGAAAAGUGUAUCUCAAGCCGGCGCUUUGCGCCCAGGCUUGGCGCCAGCGAUAUAAGGUUCCCACCGUGUCUCGAGGCACAAGUGGGGAGAAUCGCGGGCGGAUCGAGACACCCACUCUCCUUUCGCGCCUGGAAAAACCGAUUUUGAUUUGAAAAAACUGCACUGACAAGCUUCUCUUUGUAUACGACCUCCCCAAUUUUUAAAGGAUUGUUUCUUUUUUUUUUAGUGGUGCAGUGCACUGUGGAAAGUGACAGUAGCGAAGAAGACGAAGUAGUGAUUUUAACAGCUGAAAAAAGCAGCGCCGGAUUUCAAACCAGGUAAGAAAGUUGUUGGCCGGAGUAUUUUACGACCAACAACCGUUCAGUGUUUUUAACGUUGGAAUCGAGUGAGUAAAUGAGCCACUCAAUCCGAGCUUCACCUUUGAAACUGGUUGUAACUUGAAUGGAUUCUCCUAAAUUGGGUUGUCCCUGUCCCGAAGAAAGUAAGAAAAAUAACUAAAAGGGAGAAGCGAAUUAGUGGAUACAUUUUGUAGGUGAAAUUCUUCUUCUAUUGAAACGGAUUAUACCAGCCGCACAUGCGCCUUGAAAACGCAUCCGCCUUAUAAAAUGUACAUCCUUUUCUACUUCAUCGUUAUUCUGGAGCUAACUGCCCAAACCUACUAUUUCAAACCUGGCGUUGCUCAUUACAUCACUUGAUUGCUUAACAGUGUUUAAAACAGCGCUCAUUCCCAGUCAUGACUGUAGAAUAUCCAGUGUUCAACUCUGUUCCGUGCACAACUGGCGCUCUCAGUGUUGUCGGUAAAUUAGCACCCCGAUGACAGUCAAAAAUACAGACACUGAGGGGGCCAUGGAAAGUGUCCAUAUCAAACGGGUUGAAUUUGGAGAAAAUGUAAGAGCUUUCUUUCCCCAGGGACAAGUAGAAUUGUCCGUAAUAACGAGGUGUCCGUACUAACCGGGUGUCCCUAAGGCGGGGUAUGUCUGUGUGUGUUUUAAACCCCAAAGGGGUUUGCAAGCCAUCAGAAAGUUAGCAUUCAACAAUAGUACAUGAUGGAUUGAUUCUGAUUCACUUAAUUAUCACAACUUCCAUAUAGAAUUUUUAAUUGAGUGAUUGAUAAACUGAUUGAUUCACUGAUUGAUUGAUUGAUUGAUCGAUCGAUCGAUCGAUUGAUUGAUUGAUUGAUUGAUUGAUUGAUUGAUUGAUUGACUGAUGUGACUACUCUUUUAAGCUCUAAGCUUACAGAUUCCCAAGGCGCCAUGGAUCUCAGCGUUGCACUCAAGACCGGCAAAGAGUCUCAAGAAAGCAGUAACAAGAACGUUGGGAGCAAAAAGAAGAACAGAAGAAAAAACAAGCCUAAAAAGAGAACUUCUUCGCACACUUCGUAGAAUUUAAAUAUUUUGUAAAUAAAUUUACCGUGACAAAAUUCUUAGACUUGUAAUUACACCAGUCUUUUAAUAAAGAAAAUUCCC